GUUCAAAGUUUCAGAGAAAACGACAAGUACUGUAAUGAUGACGCCAAAGUAAACCAUUUCGGCAGUACCUUGCGUUUCUGCUUUAUAUUCUCAUGCUUAGCCGACGUGUCCCGUAUGAGCACCAUGUGUUUUUAGGACGUAGAAAAUCUGGAAACUAGCAUCGAUCGAUUGAGUGUCGAAAGUGGAUACCUGUAAACCGACAUUAAUGAAGGCCGCCUAUUGUUUUUGGGAUGACUGUCGCCAUUGUUUUAAAGGGUUCUCGAUCUUUAUCCCUGUAAACCUCAUCACCCACCAUGUCCUCUGUUCCAAACGGUACUGGCAACAACGUUGCAUCAAGUCCCCUUAAGGCCACACCCACCAUGUCCUUUCUUCCAAACGUUGCAUCAAGUUCCCUCAAGACCACCACACCCAUCAUGUCCUCACAGCUCUCUAACGGUGGCAACAACGUAGCAUCGGGCGCCAUCGGUAAUGGCAGCAGUACUUCUGAGUCCGAGCUCCUGAGCUUCCAGAGGUUUUUCGAGCACUGGAUCGUGGAGCAAAACAAAUACCUCCAGGACCUCAUAUCUGCCUCCAAACACCACGAACAAGCUGCUAACGCCAGUACCAUGGCUGCUGAAUCAAAGGAUCGAGCUGAUCGUGAUGAGGUUCGGAUCACAGACAAGCCCCACUUUCGCCCGCUCAUCGACCAGGUCAUUCAGCAUUACGAGCAAUACUAUCAGGCCAAGUCAAGGUGCGCCAAGCACGAUGCAAUAGGUGUGCUGAAAGCCCCAUGGACAAGCGCACUCGAGAACGCGUUCAUGUGGAUUGGAGGGUGGCGACCCAGCAUGGCUUUUCAUUUGCUCUACUCCAAGUCCGGACAGCAAACUGAGGAGAAACUAGCCAGUUUUUUUCAAGGGACGAGUAGUCGUGGCGAUUUGGGGGAUCUCUCGCCGAGUCAACUGAGCAAGGUCGACGAGUUGCAAAGGAGGACCAUUAGGGAGGAGAGAGAAAUCACGGAGAAGAUGGCGAAGCACCAGGAAACGGUAGCGGACUCGGCAAUGGUUGAGUUGUCACACGCGGUGACGGAGUUGAUAAGGAGCGAGGGGGAAGGCCAGAGUAGUGGUGGGAUUGAGAAGGAGCGAGUCGAGUCGGUUCUGGCGUUGAAGGAGGAGGGAUUGGAGAAGAUCUUGCUGAGAGCAGAUGAUCUACGGUUGAGAACGCUAAAGGAGAUUCUCGCCGUUUUUACUCCAAUCCAGGCCGUCCAUUUCUUGACUGCUGCUGCUGAGUUGCACCUGAGAUUACAUGACUGGGGCAUGAAGAAGGAUGUCACUGCCGGCCAUUGAUCCCAUUUGGAAAUCAACAAAACAGAAAUUAUGGUUGCAAUUAUGGGUAUGGGUAUGCAAAUCCUGUAUAAUUAUUUAGAAAAAAGUGAAUAAAUAUAAAAUUUAUAUGAAAAUAAAUAAAUUUUUUAAUAACAAA